UAAUAAAUAAAUAAAAUAAUAUGUACAAGAUGUAGGAAUAAUGCACAUGCUUAAAAGGUCCAAAGAUGUGAUGACACUGCUAGAAAGCUACAGCAGUUCAAGACCUGAUUUACAAGUAACAGUGUGCUUCCUCUUUGGUCUUAUAAAUGAAGAGAGAAUGAGAGGCUUAAAGGAAAUGUUUGGAUGGACUAUUUCAUUUGCGAUUAAAAAAUUCUUACUGGAAUGGGUGAAAAUAUUAACUCCUACUAUCUUUCAAAUUUACUUAACUUGGGAAAGAUCAUCACUCUUUCAGUUUUUGUAUGAGACCCAGGAUGAAAAUUUUGUAAAGCAUGCAUUGCAGGAUAGGACUAUACUAUUAGUCAGAGCUUCAUCACUUAUGGAACCAAUAACCACCGUGUAUUGUUUAGAACACUCCUUUAGAUUGAAGCAUCUUGGGAUACAGUAUGAUUCUGAGAAUAAAGAUGAAAAUGAAAUAGAUGGUGAAAGGCUAAUUCUGGAGAGAGAAACUGUGGACCGGCUCUUCAAAGCAGUGCAGCCUCUAAGAAGUAAUUUCAAGGAUCUAAUCAUACAUAGUUGGAAUUCCACAACAAUUUUAUAUGAGGAACUAGCCCAAGUUCUCAUUAAAAACCAAAGGCUGAAGGUACUAGAACUGGAUAUACAUAAAGGAGAAAGCACCGGAAUGAAGAUUUUGUGCCAAGGGCUCGCACAUUCAGAGUGUAAAGUAGAGAGGCUAUGCCUCUUUCAGUCUAAGUCGGUGUCGUGUGACAGAUGCAUUUUGGGAGGCCAUCUGCACUGCUCUUACCACUAACCUGUCUCUGACUGAAGUGCACGUCUCUGAGACUAGACUGGAAGAGUCAAAGAGGAAACAGUUCCGUGAGGCAUUAAAAGAUUCAGGCAAGGCUCUGCGGUGAGUUAUCUCUGACUGACAUUUUAAAAGACUGGGUCAUGGUGAGUGGAGAGGCAGGGAAUUCUGUAAACAUGGGUGUACUAUCAGAUUUUGGGCAUUCUUCCUGGGGAAAAAUCCAGUUGUGAGAUAAUGCCAUUGGGUGGGUUUGCAUAUGAAAAUAAGGCACCCUGAAGAUAAGCCAAGGUGGGUUGUUCUUUCAUUCAACAACCGGUGCUACUCCUGACUGGGGAUGCUUCGUCACUUCUCUUGUUUUGCUUCCUUCUUCAUCCUCACACUUGUUCCUGGCAUGUGCCUCAGGUGCCUUUGCAGCAGGACUUGGCAGCUCCAAGGUAACUUCCUGUCCACCUCCAGAAGUUCUUCUUCAUGGUAUCUGUGCGUCACAAAUACACAUUUCCUAGCUGGCCUUGUUUUGGUGGGUCCCCCUCCCCUCCUGCCCCCAAGAGAGCUGGCAGGAGCAGGAGAAGGUGCUUGUGGGGUGGAUGCGAUUGAUGGAGGAGCAGGUGAGGCAGCCUAGCGCUCACUCCACCAGGGUGGUGGCCACUUCCACAGCUCUUCACGCAGGUGUUCCACUACAGGAGCUCUGCACAGCAGCCGCAUCAACCUUCACAGGGCACUGCAAGCUGGAUGUCUGUGCCAGGCAAGCCUGCUCCCUCAGUAAAGCAGUCUUCCCUGCAGUCGUCCACUGAUGAUACCUCCCCAUCUCUGUCUGAAUGGUGAGCUUGCUGGUUGCCCAAAUGUGUGAUGCACACAAAGCAUUAAGAAAAUCGUCAGCCUGCUUACCCGUAACCGUUGCUCUUCAAGUAGACAUCCGUGCAUUCAACAGACCACCCACCAAUCCCGCCUUCGUGCUGGCCAGCUGUGGUGCCACACGGUGUUCUUGAGCCCAGCCUCCUGGGUUCAAGGUCAGCUGUUCA